AACAGGAAUAGCGUUCAUCACAUACGGCACGAAUGGCUUACCGGCGCGUGCGUGAAAGAUGCCUGAGAUAGUUCGGAAGUUUCAAAUAUUCCUGCAAUGAAACAUGGGAGUUGGAAGUGAGGGGUCGCGACGACUUCAACUUGCACCUUCCACUCUUCCUUAAGAGUUACGUCUACGCCGAGUGCGAUUUGCGCAUGAUUCAAUCAGCCAGAUCGUCAAUGUCAGGGCAGCUUCAAAUGAACAUUUCACGGCAUUGAAGUCCAAGGCGUACGCAAACAAACUUGUUUCAUUAACCCUCACAACAAGAUGUUCUUCCCUUUACCACCUUCGCUCUCCGUCUUCUCAGCGCUCCUCCUCCUUCAAUCUCCAUUCCCCGUCAACGCCUACAAACCCCUCUCAGACAGCUUCCUACAGGCCAUACCCUCCCCCGGCGACGCCAUAGAUCCGCUCAACGGCCCACUACUCGCACCCAUACUCAUUCCACGCGUACCAGGCACACCGGGCCAAACCACAGCCCAACGCCACUUUAUCAACUUCUUCCAAUCCGAAUUGCCAAACUGGAGCAUACAAUGGCAAAACAGCACUGCCCGCACCCCGAUAUCCGGCGGCGCUGAACUCCCCUUUGCGAACCUGAUCUUCAAGCGCGAGCCGCCGUGGGUUAAGCCGGGACAGGCGAAUCUACUCACGCUCGUGGCGCACUAUGACUCCAAGUACCAGCCUGAGGGGUUCAUAGGGGCGACGGAUAGUGCGGCGCCGUGUGCGAUGUUGUUACAUGUUGCCAAGGUGGUGGAUGGGUAUGUGCAGCGCAUGUACGAUGAGAUGCAAGAGCUGGGCGAGGGGGGAAGUGUAAAGAUGGACAUGGGGAUCCAGAUCUUGCUGCUUGAUGGGGAGGAGGCGUUUGAGAAGUGGACGGACGAGGAUAGCUUGUAUGGGAGUAGAGCUCUUGCACAGCAGUGGUCUCUCUCCCCAAACCCUCCAUCCGCCAAAUUCUACAGAUACCGCACGCCUCUCUCGCAGAUAUCCCUGUUUCUUCUCCUCGAUCUGCUCGGCGCCGCAGCUCCGAGUGUCCCUUCGUACUUCCCAACCACGCACUGGGCAUACCAGCAUCUCUCCACGAUUGAAUCCCGCAUGCGCGCUCUCCAGCUCCUCGAGUCCUCGCCGCCUACACCUUUCCUGCCGGACGUGAACGUGACGACAGGCGAGCACAUGGCCGUGAGUGACGACCAUUUACCCUUUAUAAGAGGCGGAGUGGAGGUGCUGCAUGUUAUUCCCCAUCCGUUUCCAAAGGUGUGGCACAAGAUUACUGAUGAUGGGGAGCAUCUAGAUAUGCGCACUGUGAGGGACUGGAGUAAGAUUUUCGCUGCGUUUGCGCUGGAAUGGCUGGAUAUGAUGGAAGUUUGGGACGAGCCUGGGGACAACACCGAAGAAGUAGCUUGAGUCAGGACAGAGAAGAUUGAAACACGAAUUCGCACCCCUAGAGCAUUGUGAGCGUUGCAGUAUCGUGACAGGGCACGAGGUGUGUCUGAGCAUGGAAAAGCUAGCACCUGACCUCACGUGCAAUAUAGUCCAGCUGGCUCUAUGAAGCUGGAAGUGGAUAGACGCCCGGAGGGACGAAAGAUGCAGUCCUAGAUCAAACACAGGACACGGCAUGAUUCUCGAGACUCCGAGUGGACAUGUAAGGGCAAGAAAAGCGGACUGACGAUGACAAUGUAAAUUAGUCCCGACUCGUUAUCCUACACGCCGUUGUUCAAACAGCUAAUUUGGUAUCAUUUAACCUGGAAGAAUUCUUCAAGAUCUAGCCUUGUAAACUUUUCAGACCGGAACGCCUACAAAACCAAUCCUUGGCUU